CAGUUAAUAUUAUCGGCGCGGAUUGUGUAAGGCAGUCAUGACGAACAACUCGGCCCCAGCUGCCUUAGAACUCACGCAUGUUCUCUAUGAUCCGGACUCGCAUGUUUCGCUCGCACUCGCCCUCGUGACCUUAAGUCCGAUACUAUUGAUGGCAUCAUAUGCUGCGCUUGCUGUCGUGACGCGUGAUCUACUUAUAAUACAUAUGUGGGCUGGGCAAUUUGCUUGUGAAGGAUUCAAUUGGUUAUUAAAGCAUCUCGUCAAGCAAGGGAGGCCUCCUGAGAGCCUUGGCAACGGUUACGGGUUUCCUUCCUCGCAUAGUCAAUACAUGGGUUACUUUGCGGCGUUUCUUUACAUGCAUUUAUUUUUCCGGCAUCGAUUUACCUCUACCGGAUACUGGAUCAUUGACACGCUAUGGAGGGUUCUUGUGUAUAUUGGACUGGCUGUGUGGACAGGAAUCGUUUGCUAUUCACGCCUUUACCUCACAUAUCACACAAUUAGGCAGAUUUUAUGGGGAGCCGGAGUUGGCGUAGCAUUGGGUGUUCUAACAUAUACUGUCACGGAACUAAUACCGUUUUUCUACCCGGACUCACCGCUUGGCCGUUUUCGAAGAAUCUUCUUGUCGCACCCGAUCAUAACUUGGCUUCGAAUUAAGGAUGGAUGGGCUAUCUGGGAAGAUGGCGGGCGUGAGGCAGAAUGGCUUGAAUGGAGGAGGAAGUGGGAGACGAAGAAUCAAUCUCGUUUGAAGAGGGAAUAAUUCCAGCACACUUCCGGUCUUACGCGCAUCUUGUUACUAGAAAUUCACCACGCUCAUAACUGCAAUAAUGUUGCAUUUUGUAAAAUAAUCUCAGU